CCACCUGUCAAAGUUUAUAGCGAGCUUCAUGUGAAUGAGGUAGUGACAUGUGGUCCCGCAGAUAGACGCCUUACUCCCGCCCAUACACUUCUUUUCGUCUACAGUUCUGAUGCUCGUCAUUCGUUGAGUCCAACCGCUUCUGCCAAGUCUCGAUUCUCCGAUGUCCGCUCGCCGUGAGGUUUCUCGUGCUUGGAGGCCCCUAUUUUCUUGUCAUAAACCCCUCUAGGUUUGGAUCUCCUCUGUCGCUCUCUCCUCCAUAAUGGCUACCAAGUCUGACGAAGUUGCUCCCGCACCUCCCUUGUGUGACUUAAUUUAUCUGCCUGUGUCAGCAGAUUCCGUCCAAUGCAAGCACUGGAAUAAUGCCCUAUGUUGCAUCCGUGAUAUUGUCUCCCAACCCCCGGGUUUCGGAACCCCUUCCUCUGUCACCUCGGCUGUCAAUGCCUGUGCUGCUACUUUGCCAGCCGCAGAGUUUUCGGACCUCCUUCAAACUCGCAAUAUUGAAGGUCACACGGCGCUGUAUUGGGCAAUUGUGAAUAACCGGCCAGAAACUUUUUCGUUCCUUGCUGGAUUUAUAUCCCAAUUUUCGUCGGAUUGCUCAUCCGACUUGCGCCUCGCAUGCAUGACAACCAGCGACAACGAAUUGUUUACGCGGCUGAAUCUUGGGGGUAAUAGUAAUGAUCCCAAGGACGAGCCUUUGAGACGCUCUUUAGGUUGUCCAGCAGACGAGAUUCAAGUAGCUGGUAGUGAACCGAAUCAGUUUGUUGCUAGUUUCCGGAUCAGAAUGUUUCAGAAACGCCUGCGCACUACACAAGACAUGCGUUGCGAAUUUAUUGCAGGAGGUCGUAUAUGGUGGUUACGCUUUUAUAUGGCGCGCAUUAAAAAGAUUUGGUGCGCAGAGAUUGGGCUUUCUGGCGAUAGUCUUCCAGCGCGUCCGAGUUCAGACGCUGUACUUUUGAUCGAGGCCCACAAACAGAAAAACAGUCGUCUAUCUAAUGCGCUUCAAAUAUCGUUAGAAUUAGCGGACAGAUACAAGCCCGAGCCCAAGCAUCUGUCGGUUGCACACGUGAGGGCUCUACAUAAAUUUGAAUACAGCACAGCUCCGGAGAUCUGCAAUGAGUUGGGCGAUUGGGUAAUGCAUGACAACUCUAUAUAUGUUGACAACGAAGGCACUCUGCAUGCGAAGCUGAAGAUCAAGUUAUCGCUGUUUGCAACCCCAGAUAAGUAGUUGAAACCGGUGAUCGUUCGCUCGAUCAUGAGUUCGAUCAUGAUGUUUCUUCAUCUCUACACGGAAGGCGGCCGAGGAGCAGUAAAGUCUGAUGACCGUCGUUUUCCAGAACCAGUACACAUGUGGUACCCCGAAAAUCAGAUGAUGUAUCUAUCUCAUACGAUAAUCUUUCUUUAGUAUGGACGACAGGGGACACAGUUAAGUGUUUAGACAACCCGGCGCAGCAUUAUGCUCGAGCAAGACUGUUCUGACUGGUAAGUUCCGCACUACUUAAUUCUGCUCCGCCGAUCAGGUUCCCGUAACGCGCCACAGCAAUUUGUUCCCGCAACGCGCCACAGCAAUUUGUGAGUCCUCCGUCGGACAGGCACUGGGCAGGGU